CGCAUUUGCAAGGUACAUCUGUCGUCCGAACAUUGCUGCUAGCGAAGAACAGCAUUUCAGCUACUUUGUAAAUAACAACUGUAAAUAUAGCGAGAUGAGUACACAAACUCGUUCUGGAGGUGGUGGCGGCGGCCGUAACAAGUCCAAGGCCAAAACGCAAGAAAAUAAGGAAAAUCUUGCCAAGGACGAAGGAGGUCAGCAACAGCACCACCAGCAGUCGUCACAGAAGCACCAUCAUCAAUCGAAAGGCAACUCCGGACAGGGAGGGGUCGUUACGACCAGCAACAACAAUGUUCCUGGAGGAAAUGAUGGAUCAUCGUCGGUUACAGCCGGUGCAAAUGCAAUCGCGAUCAGUGGCGGCGGCGCUAAAGGUGAUCAUCAGCAGCAGCAGCAGCACCCGAAACAGAAGGGUAACAACAGCGGCAAUGGCUUGGCCAACAAGGGGACAGGAGAGAACUCCAGCGGUCCCAAGAGUGGUGACGGAGUUGCAUCGAAGGAAAAGCACCAGCAGCAGCAGCUGAAGGAGCAGAGUGGUGGUGGUGGUGUCGUAUCUUUGACUGCUAGUGCCGGCUCUGCCACAAACAGUGGCGAGAAGUUUGUGGCAACUUCAGUAACAUCGUCGGUUGCUGCUGCUAGUGGCCCAGCAGCAGUCACUCACACAACGGUUAAGGCGAAGCAACCCACUGCUGAACAAAUUCGCAUCGCUCAGAUCACAGACAUUAAGAGCGGUAUGGAUGAUCCUAAGAUACAGGAAAAAAUCCAGAGCUUGAUGGAGACUACGCAACGUUCCGAGGAGGAGGUCUGCUGUGCGCUUCAGGAAUGUGACAGUGACCUCGAUCGUGCUGUCAUUUUUCUCCUGGAGACACUGCCGGUGGGCGCGUUCGCUACGACGUCGAAAAAGAAAAAGAAAUCGCAAGCAUCGGCUCAGAAGGACGGAGACGAAGGCGGUGAAUGGGACACCGUAGUAGGGGGUGUGCAAGGUUCUGGUGGUAUCGGGGUUAGUGGCAGUGGUGGCGUUCAGCUCGGUGGCAUCAAUGUUGAUCUGAAGGAACAACAGCGUCGCGGUGGUGCAAACCAUCAGCGCAACGUGCCCGGUAAUCAACGUUCCGGAGGCGGUGGACGCGGAGGUCGUACGGGAGGAUACCGUGAUAAUGGUGUCGGUGACCGUAAUCGUGAUCGUAACCUGUACGACAAAGGCGCAGAUGGUGGGUAUCAUCGGGGACGAGGUGUCGGAGGUGACGGUGGUGGUGGCCGAAUGCGUGGUGGUCGUGAUGGUGCUGGGCCAGGCGGUCGCGGAAACUACGGUGCGCGCGGAGGCAGAGGCGGUGGAUCUCGGAUAGGCACCCGUGGUAUGAGUUCGCGAGAUCAGCACCGGGGAUCGCGGAUGAGUAACGACCAUCAGGAAAUUGAUGCCUGGGAUCCAGUGGCAACCUCUGGUUCGUCUGGCACCAACACAAAUGAUCUCAAGCCGGAAGAAAGCUCCGCCUUCACCGACACGUGGGGUGAUUGGGACAACGAAGAGUACACGGGGUCGCUGUCCGAUACCAAAGUUUUCACUGCAAGUACCCAAGCCGCCCCCUCGACGCAAGCACCCACGGGCAUGCAACAGCUCUCUUCACCACAAGGAGUUCAGCAGCCGCCCAACCAAACGGGGAUUCUUAAUUCAUCGGAGCUGACAGCACCUCCGGGUCUGGAACAGCAGGUGCUAAAUCCACCAUCUUCGCAGGUAGGCAAAGAGGCGGAGCUGAUGGUACAGCAAUAUAGCACAACCGUCGUCUCCAGUACGGCCACUGCAGCUGUUGCCGCCGCCGCUGGUAGUGCGGUCGGUGUAUCCACUGCUUCUGGUGUCCCUCAGUAUUCUGAUAUGUGUCAGUCCUUGGUAGAGGGUGCCAUGCCUGCACCACCAGUGAAUGCCUCUUCGUCACUGUCCGCGGAACAAUCGCAGUAUUUCAAUACCCUUUCCUCUCAGAACUCAAAUCUCCAACCGAGCUUUGCUCAGCAGCAACCAGGUUCAUCAGUUUCUCAGCAAACGGUUCAGCAACAGCAACAAGCUGCACAACAACAACAAUCAGCCCCGUCCAACACUGUGCAGUAUAAUGCUGCUGGCGCACCUGCCACUUCGACGGGGCAACAACCACCUCCUCUUCGACGUCAGCAACGGGCGCGCGUUCCUCCACCGUCAAAAAUUCCGUCCAGUGCCGUCGAGAUGCCGGGCGAUAGUCUAAACACCAUCGGCUACUUGGAUGUGCAAUUUGGGGCGCUGGAUUUCGGAGCGGACGAUUCGUUUGACGUAGGAGAGAAAUUUAACACUACGGCAGGCGGUGCAAGCGGAUUAGAUCAAGCUGCCGCUUCUGUUGGGCACGGGUCACAGGCGGUGCAACAAACACAAGCUUUGGUAGUACCCUCGCAAAGCCCUCAAUCGGUGCAGACGACAGUUAAUCAGGUUCUUCCGGUCGGUGGAUCUCAAGUACCGAACCAGCAACAACAACCGCAACUACAACCCGCUGCUGUUGUAGUCGUGCAGCAGGGACAGCAGUCGGUACAAACCGUGCAGCAGCAAAUAUCUCAAACACAACCACCCGGAGGACAGUCGGAAGCGAACGAUUAUCAGCCGUCCAAAGCUGGCCCUGGCGCAGUUAGUGGACCCGGUGGAGUGGUGAUAGUGUCGGGUGCUGGUGCAAUGCAGCAAAAAUCGAAUGCUCAUUCUGGUGGACUGGUAGCUGCUUCUCAGAUUCUUCCCAGUGGGCAGUCAGUGCCGGUGGAAGGCGGCCUAUCUUCUUCGCAGAACGACUCGCUGACAAGCAGCUACACGCAGCGUAGUAAUGCAACCAGUGGAGUUUCUGUUCCCAUCGCCUCUAUGAGCACUGCCGCAGCGGCGCUAGACCAACUGACGAAAUCGGAUCACUAUGGCCAAGCGACGGCCACAAACGUUGCUGCAUCGGCGACCAGUAGUGGUUCGUAUCAAAACACUCCGUAUUCAGCGGGUGGCCAUGGUAACAAAACGUCCUCGUACCCGGCAUCGGUUGCUCCGCAAGGUUAUAACAACAUAAGCUAUUCUUCCAAUCAGGUGACGAACAACGCUUACCCUACGUCGACUAACAACUACGGUUCCUACAACCAGGGUAAUGUUAGUGCCUAUCAGCCUGCAGGAGGGAGUAGCGUUGUGUCAGGCAACGUUGUACCAAACAGCGCCAACACGAGUAACGCCGCAAGUCAACCAAAUCCUAGCCUAUCCGUAAACAAUAGCAACAACAACAGCACCAACAGCAGCGGUUAUCUGUCCAACCAGUAUCCAGUGAGCCAAACUUCAUCUGGUUUCCCAUCGCAGCAGAGCUACCAAAAUAGUUCCCAGAACAUGUACGGCAACGCUGGAUUAAAUAGUAAUACCGGGUAUACUGGUGGGAGCACAAACAACGCGUCUGGCCAGUAUGGCAGUAACUUUAGCGGAUCAAAACUAAAAGAUACGCCGGUAGUUUCAACGCCAUUCGAAAGCGUGGCAAGUACGGUUUCGAAUAGUACGACGAACAAUUCCAGUAACAAUAAUGUGACUAGCUCGUCCUCGCUAUCCAACAGUUCCGUGGUAUCUACGACGACUAAGAGUAGCAGCAGUAGCAGUAGUACGGGUGUGGUCCCUAACAUCCCGAUGGUUAGCCCAUACAUUCAAACUGGGAUGCCAUUCUAUCAGCAAGCGGCAGUCUACUCGUACGAGGAUCUGCAACUUAUGCAACAGCGUAUGUCACACGUGCCUGGUUUUUACGACAUCAACUACCAGACGCCUACAAGUCUCGGUGCGGCUGGGGUACGAGACGCAAACCUUGGUUCCGUUGCCUACUCGACCAUGUCCGAUGGUCGGUUCACACGAACGGACAACAACUCGUCACCUGUUAGUAAUGUACCAAGUACCUUGUCACAGCAAACAGGGUCUGGUGGUCCUAUGUUGAACCUGCCAUACGCUUAUUUUUAUGGUGGCAAUAUGAUGCCGGCCAGCGGCUUCCAAUAUGGCACCCCAGCAAUUUAUCCUCAACAAAUGGCGACAAAUGCGGCAACUUCUGGUGGUCAGUUUCAGAAACCUACCUACAACAGCGGCUACGGAUCGGCUACAGCUUAUGAUACACUCGGUCAAUCGGGACAAGAUUACAGCAAAAAUGCGUACCCGGCGUCGAUAGUCGGUCAGCAGCAAUCGAAGGGUCAGUCUGUAACAAACCCUCAGUCUGGCUCCGGUAGUAACUCUGACAUGGCUCCGUCAAUGUACGGGAAAAACCACGUUGCACUAAAUAAAGUCAAUGUACGUUAUGACAAACAAUCGUUCCACUCGGGAACACCACCGCCGUAUAAUUUGGCUGGAACACAGACUGCUGGUGCUACGUCAGGCCAGCCCUACGGUCAGCAUUUGUAUAUUCCGACAAUGACGACUCAUCACAAUAUAAACAUGCAUCAGACCAUGCAUCAGGAUUCCAAUAGCACCGGUCAAAGACCACAAAACAACAACCAGGGAAAGACUGCAAAUAAGCAAGGCUAUUCUCCAUCUACAUACUGGACUGGAUAGAGCUAAUUCGCUUGGGAACGAAUGAAAGAAGGGAGAAGAACAAAUAAAAAAGGAGCAGCAGAAACGCGAUGAAAUAAUGUAUAAACUCGGUGUGUGAUUGUGAUUUGAUUGGAUAGAUACUUUUCAGAAUUAAACAAAAUUGCAUUACACACGUACACAUUGCUGCAAAUUCAGACGUAAUUUUGUUUUAGGGGAAGAAAUGCCAGGUGAAAAUAAAGCAUGUACAGGUUGGUACAGAACAAAUCAACAAAGGCAGAUUGGCAUCGGAAGGCGGGAUGGAUAUUACGUAUAUGCACAUGUAU